GGAUGGUAUAUAUAGUCACCUAGGUUGUCACAGUUCUCCUGGCAGCCAACAUGAAGGUCUUAGAUUUGUUCUGGUGUUUCGUCUCUCUACUGGCCCUGGCCAUGACAGCAGAGGAUGAGGAGGUAUUGGACUCUGUACUGAGAGACAGAUCCCACAUUGAUGAAACAUUACGAUUGGCAGCAGAAGAGAAUGCAGGAAACUAUGCAGCUGCUUUGCAGAAGCUGAGAAUGAUCUACCACAAUUCCAUCAAGCCAAUGGAACAUGCUUACAAAUACAAUGAGCUCAGACAACAUGAGAUCUCAGCUUAUCCAGGACGUACCCUGGGGGAUUCAGCCACAGAUGGAGAGAUUGCCUCCAAACCCAUGGUCCUGUUCCUUGGUCCCUGGAGUGUGGGGAAAUCCUCUAUGAUAAACUAUUUGCUGGGGCUUCAAGACACUCCUUAUCAGUUAUACACAGGUGCUGAGCCCACUACUUCUGAGUUCACUGUGAUAAUGCAUGGUGAAAAACUCCGCUCUGUAGAGGGCAUUGUAAUGGCUGCUGACAGCUCUCGUUCCUUCUCUCCCCUGGAGAAAUUUGGCCAGAAUUUUCUCGAGAAGUUGAUUGGUAUUGAGAUGCCUCACAAGCUUCUGGAGCGUGUCACGUUUGUGGAUACACCAGGAAUCAUAGAGAACCGCAAACAGCAGGAGAGAGGGUAUCCCUUUAAUGAUGUGUGCCAGUGGUUCAUUGACCGUGCUGACCUAAUAUUUGUGGUAUUUGACCCCACCAAGUUGGAUGUUGGCCUUGAGCUAGAGAUGCUCUUCAGACAACUGAAAGGUCGAGAGUCACAGAUACGCAUCAUCCUUAACAAGGCUGAUAGCUUGGCCACUCAGGAUCUCAUGCGUGUGUAUGGUGCCUUGUUCUGGAGCCUUGCACCCCUUAUCAAUGUGACUGAGCCCCCACGUGUGUAUGUCAGCUCCUUCUGGCCCUAUGACUAUGCCCCCAACACCAGCCGAGAGCUCUUUAAGCGUGAGGAAAUUUCUCUCCUGGAAGACUUAAACCAGGUGAUUGAGAAUCGCCUAGAGAAUAAGAUUGCCUUUAUUCGCCAACAUGGCAUUCGUGUACGCAUCCAUGCCCUUCUGGUGGAUCGUUAUGUGCAAACAUUCAAAGAGAAGAUGAGCUUCUUCAGUGAUCCUGAAUUGGUGUUCAAGGAAAUUGUGGAUGACCCAGAUAGGUUCUAUAUUUUCAAGUCAAUCCUGGCUAAGACCAAUGUCAGCAAGUUCGACCUGCCCAACCGUGAUGCAUACCGUGACUUCUUUGGCAUCAACCCAGUAAAUAGUUUCAAGCAGCUCUCUGCCCAGUGCUCUUAUAUAGGUGGCUGUCUGCUGGAUAAGAUUGAAAGGGCAAUUACCACUGAUUUGCCAGGACUCCUGAGCAGCAUCCACUCCAAUAAGAACCCUACCCUGUCCUCCUGUGAGGCAACAGGGUGUGGAGAGAAGCCCAAGAAUCGCUACAGACGAAACUGACAGAAGAAAGAGUGGAAAAAGUGACAAUAUAAAGCAAAAAUGGCAAUAUUGGUAGCACAGGAGCAUUGGAAACACAUCCUGCUCCUGCCACAGGUCAAUCUCAGAAGUUGAGGAGGUGUGCAAAAAGAGAAUUAAAAUUUUAGCAUUUUUUAAUUGGCAAAAAGAGCCAGUGUUCUGAAUAUUUUUAUUAAAUCUGUUUUGCAUUCAUCUGCAUUAAUAAACUGUUCUAAGUUUGGAAAGGACAUUUUUUUUAAUCCAGGGGAAAAUUAUAGUUGAUAUACAAAAAUAUGAGACUGAUACAGUCAGUAUGAGUAAGAUUGGAAAAAAAAAAUUGUUGACAAGUUUGUAAGAGAUUUAGCAGGUUGUGGCUCUGUAAACAAAGUGUCUAUAAAAACGAAAUGAGCACAUUAGCUCACACUAUCAACAUUCUGUUUUUUUUGUUUGUUUUUUUACAAGUGUUCAUUAUAUUUGCAGAAUUGUGACUAUGCUGGUAUCCUUCUCAUGUUAUAUUCUAUUUG